AUGACUGAAUUUGGACAUCCUCUACGGGCAGAGCCAAGGUACCCGGGGAAAGGAAAGAUGACUGAGAGCGAACGCAAAAUGGAAAAAGAGACCCAGUGGGUUAUGUCAAUUUCCAUUAGUGCGCACGGAAGUUUAGAUUCCUCCGAGUCCCCCCCACCACGAUGGGGAAUGGAGGAGCUAGCGCCCAGGGGUGCCGCAGCCUGCCUCUCUUCCCGACUCAUCCUCAGGCCUACUGGACAGCUUGGGAAUCUCAGCUCUGUCCACUUCCCCUUUGCAAACAAACUCACCUGGCCACCUUUGCUGAGGCCUAUCCUUAGGAGCCUGGAAGUAGGCAAAGAAUUCCAGGGUCCCAGAAUAAGGUUUCUCACUGAGGGCUCAGAAGAGGAGGGUAAAGAAAAUGACAAGGCUGAAGAAGCACCCAAUGAUUCAGUUCUUGAAAACAAGUCUCUUCAAGAAAAUGAAGAAGAGGAGAUUGGAAACCUAGAGCUUGCCUGGGAUAUGCUGGAUUUAGCAAAGAUCGUUUUUAAAAGGCAAGAAACAAAAGAAGCUCAGCUUUAUGCUGCACAGGCACAUCCUAAACUUGGAGAAGUUAGUGGUGAAUCUGGGAAUUACGUCCAAGCUGUGGAGGAGUUCCAGGCUCGCCUAAAUCUCCAAGAGCAGUAUCUGGACGCCCAUGAUUGUCUCCUUGCAGAGACCCACUACCAGCUGGGCUUGGCCCAUGGGUAUAGAGCUCAGCAUGAUGACACUGUGGCACAGGUCAGCAAAUCUAUUGAAGUCAUUGAGAAGAGAAUGGCUGUACUAAAUGAGCAGAUGAAGGAAGCUGAAGGCUCAACUACUGAAUAUGAAAAAGAAAUUGAGGAGCUAAAGAAACUGCUACCUGAAAUUCGAGAGAAGAUAGAAGAUGCAAAAGCGUCCCAGUGUAGUGAGAAUAUAGCCGAAUUGGCUCUGAAGGCAACUACUUCAGGUUUCACUUCUAGGGGAGGAGACACUUCAGUCUCCAUGAUUGCCAGUAGAAGGCAAACAGAUGGUGCCUCCUCAUCAAAUUGUGUGAAUAUUUCCCACCUUGUCAGAAAGAAGAGGAAACCAGAGGAAGAGAGCCCCCGGAAAGAUGAUGCAAAGAAAGCCAAACAAGAGCUGGAGGGGAAUGGAGGUAGUGGGGAUGCAGUCUCCUGUGGAGAUGAAGUUUCGGAAAACAUGGAGGAGGAGCGAGAAAGCCAGGCAGCCAUGGAGGGGACAGUGGAGGCUGGAGCUGCAGUUGAAAGCACUGCAUGUUAA